CAGAGAGGGGCUACCGGGACGGGGAGAGAAAUGGGGACUCGGCCCAGCCGGGAGGAUGCCGCCGGUUCAACCUGGAAAACGAGGACUAAGAACGGCGUCGGUGGAAAACCCUCCUCCCCCGGGGCUGACGCUCCUCCUCUCCCCCUGCUCUCGCCGCUGCCUGCCCGUCCCUCCUCCUCCUCCCUCAGCCUCGGGUCUUACCGCGGCGCCGGGCUCCUCCCUCAGCCGGGCUUCACCCUCUAUCCCCGGGCCCAAGGAGCCGAGCCGCCCCGCCCUCCCCGCGGCAGCACCACACUCCACACCCGUCCCCACCACCUGGGGAGGGCUCCUCACGUCCCACCGCUCCAUAGCCACCCCCUACUGGUGGCAGCGCCGUUGCCGCGGCCGUUGGGGCCGUUUCCAACCGCCGCCUCAGGCGGGAGGUGGGACCACUCGCCCUCUAAGAUGGCGGCGCCGGGCCCACGCGGUGCGCGCUGAGGCGAAAGGAAAAGAGGCGGGGGGAAGUGGGGCGUUCCCUGGCGACAUGGCGGCAGCAGAGAGCAGGGAGGAGGGCGAGAGGCAAGAUGAAGCAGAGGAAGACGAGGUGGAGGAGCAACUGGUCAUGGUGGAACUAUCAGGAAUUAUUGAUUCAGACUUCUUAGAAAAAUGUGAAAACAAAUGCAAGAUUUUGGGAAUAGAGACAGAGAGGCCCAUUUUACAAGUGGACAGAUACGUAUUUGCAGGAGAAUAUGAAGAUACCUUGGGAACCUGUGUGGUUUUUGAAGAAAACACAGAGCAUGUAGAUGCAGAAGGCAACCAAAAAGUACAGCUGAAAUACAAGUGCCAUACAAUGAAGAAGCUGAACAUGACACGGACGCUUUUGACAGAGAAGAAGGAAGGAGAAGAGAAUGUUGGUGGAGUGGAGUGGUUACAGAUCAAGGACAGAGAUUUUUCCUACAGCAGGCCUAAUAUGAUUUGCAGCUUUCUGCGUGAAAAAGAAGAUUCUGAAGAGUCAGCUCAGGCCCAAGACAAAUUGACUGAAGAGUCAGAGGGAGAGGUGAGUGGCGGAGGAAAUUCUGACAUGAAUUGUGAUCUGGAGAAGCAGCACAGCUUGGAAAUAGAUGCCUCCCUCCCUCUGCCCGACAGCCCUGCUUCUGGGGCAGAGGAUUCUCCAUCUGGAAGUAUUGCCUUAGACGAUGCCCCUCCAUGAUAUCAGCUCUGAUCUUUUCAGGAUUUCUUCAUGGAGUUAAUGGGCCAACUUUUGAAUGCCAACUUUUGUAUAGGCCAUGACAUGAUUUCCAGUUUUUCUGAGCAACUAACAGUGGAAAAAUGGGCAUUGUGUUCUUGUGCAUUGCUUUUAUGUUUGGAUUAUAGUGGUGAGGGUUUAAGUGUUUUUUAAAAAUGCUGAUUGGAAAUGUGUGUGUAUCUACCUCAAAACUGAAGAAGAGGAAAUGGUUACAUAAUUAAAAAAACCCCUACCUUAGAAAAAUGUUGAUGUAUUGUACAUUAUGGGACAUUUUGUAAAAAGGAAAAAAAAAUCGCUUAAAAUAAAGUUCUGAAUUUUUCAAGUA